GGGGCAGCCAACGUCAGGAAUAGACGCAUAUCCAGUGAGUUUGCGUACUUGCCACCAGGGAGCCGGAGGGCAUUCGGGGCAUCCCGGAUCGAUACAGGCCUAUAGGCGAGGCCUAGCCUAGAGGGGGUGAAGCCUCGCUCUCUCAUCGAUCUCCCCCCCGAGUGCAGGAACACAAAGACGUGUAUCGGACCUGGGAUAUCUGCCGAGCCCCAAGGUUUCCCACUGGCGAUGACGGUGUGCUUGCAGUGAGAUAAGCCAGGGCCUUCGCUCGACGCUACGGCACGUCGCUCGUGAAUGUGUCGGGAGUUUCACCCUCGGGUCUCCUCGUCGGGUUUGGACUAGCGGAAUCGCGUUUCUCGUGCUCGGUAGUCGCAGUCUCUCGGUGCAAUGUCCACUCAAAGAAAGCGGAAGCUUUUGGACGAGGACGCAGGAUCUCCUCUCGGCACAGGAGAUGAUACUGGGAUUUCACGUUCAGGGAGGUUGAGGAAGAAAUCUUCCAAAUAUAGUUUAGACUUUGAGUCGUUGGAGGAAGGCCAGAGGGAAAUGCAUGCCAAAAAGAAGGAUCCAAGUGAGAGGCUUGGAUUUAAAGGAGAUGGGAUACAUGGCAGACUCAGAACAUCCUCAGCCUCUGAAGAUGAUGACCUGGAAGGUGUGGAGGGUGAAGAUUCAACUGAGGAGGAAUUCAAUGAUGAUGACAGCAGAUUGGUGGUUGAUGAAUCAAGGACACCAAAACCAAAACCAAAAACAGACAAAGCCAAAAAGACGGAGGCCAAAUCCAUGUCUGCUAGCGUAGAAAGUUCCAAUUCAGUGAUUGACGACAUGGAUGGAAACGACUCAGAUGAGGCAGUGAGUUCUCGGGAGAGUCCCAUAUGUAAAAUGGAGUGCAAAAAGGAAUCAGACUGCGAGAGCAGCUCGCCCUCCUCUGAUCGUCUCACCCCAAGUCCCACCAAUGGCAUUCUGCGAUCCGUCCUCCUCUCGUCUCCUGCUCCUCGCACCUCACCAGAAGAGAUGGAAAAGGUGGCCAAAAAGAGGAAGCUGGAAGAGAUUCUUCUCUCAAAUCCUAAAUUUGCCCGUGUGUAUGAAGAUGCUGGGAAGAGCUCUGGACAUGUAAAUGGGGGUGGGAGUGGAAACCUAAGUCAUCUGGAAUCAGUUGGAAACCUGGCUGCUCUUUCACACAUGAUAGUGAAGCCCGAAUAUGAUUCAGACGUGGAGGAGAUCGAUGAUGAAUAUGGGAUUGGAACAGACAGCAGCGUUGGUGGGGAAGAGCUUCGUCUGAAUCCCACAGUUGAGCUUAGUGAAGUCUUCUGCUGUGUCCCUGGCCGUCUCUCUCUCCUCAGUUCAACUCCCAAGUAUCGUGUCACUGUUGGUGAGAUUCAGCGACGCCUUCAGCCGCCAGAGAGUCUGAAUGUCUCCCUGCUGGGAUCCAUGCUUCGUCGUGCAAAGGCCCGCAAUGCAGGGCAGGAGCUGCGCAAUCGUCUUAAUGGCUUGGGCCUUCACAUCCCUGCAGGAUGGAGACGGGCAUCUUGUCCCACGCUUCUGACAGCAUUGGUAGAAGCUGAGGCCGUGAUGCUGGCCAGGGACUUUGGCCGUCUUUGCGAGACCGAUUUUCCUGCCUUCCCAAUAGCAAAGUACCAUCAUGAUGGAGAUGUGGCUGCCAAGGUGGAGCCCCUGCAGCGUAAGUCCAUGCUUUUGGCAGCAAGAGAGGUGAUGAAGGAGUUGGUUCAGACACUGAACCAAGAUCGCAGUCCCUUGUGCCACACAAAUCCCCCACCACUUCUCCCAGCUGGAGUGCAGGAGCCCAUGGAGACAUUUUCGCGUCUCACCCAUGGCUUUGGUACUCCUGCCAUCGUGGCUUCCCUCACUGCCGUUCAGACAUACAUCGACGAGUACAUCCGCAUGAUCGACCAGGGGUCACUUGUACAACCACCCAAACCCAAGGAUGGAGAGAAUGGCCAGCAUGCUCAUUGAAGCAUCUGGCACAUCGUUGGCAUUCAGUUUCGACUCUGGGAUUUGCCUAGCCUUGCUUCUCUUUCCCUUUGAGUGACUCCUCGCAUUUUCUACUGUGAGAACAUCAUGUGCAUGCAUUUUAUUUUUCACAAAUCGCAUGUUAGACUCCUUGUCUCCGAAACGCAACUGCUGUGUCAUAGAGUUGGGAUGGAUUGUGUCAGGAGUGUGACAAUGAUGUUUAGGGUGCAUACUUGGACAGGUACUUCAUGAAGAGACAAAUCCAUGAAAAGCAAAGUCACCAUAAUUUUGUGGAAGAUUUUUAUUCCCCUAGUAUCUUAUUUUCCUACACUAAUUAGCAUUGGUAGGCAAAGGUGUGAAGGAAUGGAAAAAAGACAGGCUGAUCUCUGUCAGUUGAUUGUCAGCAAAUGCAGGCAUCAUACAUGUGAGAAGGAUCAUGGGAUAAAUUAUUCCUAAUUUAUUCUUGAGUAAUUUUAUUUCCCUCAUCAGAUUUUUGGGGAUUAUAUACUGGAGUGGUUAAGAUUGGCAUUAUGUUUUAGUGAGAGGACAUCUUGUAUCCAAAACAAGGAGAAGCUAGUGACCAGUACCACAAUUGGCUGCAUUAUGUGCAAUGACCCGCUUCCCAGGAGGCAGCUGAGCUUUGCUUCUUGAAUGCCUUCUAUUUUCUGUUGAGCGAUACCUUAUAUCUAUGGUCAAAUUUGCCACCUUUUUCCUUCAUUCUCAACCAUGAUCGUGUCCAGAUGUGCAUGUGACGUAUUUUCCUAAACCAAAUGAAUAUUUACGUGGUACUCGUGAUCAAAGGAAAGUUUCUCCUGUCCAGUCUUCGAGUGCCUUGUUUUUAAAAAGGGCUUCUUUUAUUUCUCUUAUUACACUUGGUAUCAUAUUUAGUUUCAUUGCAGAACCAUGUUGAGGUCUCCUCAGUUGCCAUCCAGUGUACGCUUGACCUAUCAGCCAGUAUUCUGGCAUGGAAGACUUUUCUUUGUUUUUAGUUUUCAAGUGAUCUCGUGGGUAGUUUCUAGAGUUGUGCAUUAGGAGUUGCUCGUUUCAUUUUACUUCCAUUUUGCAAGGAAGAAAUCAGUUAUUUGUGUUGUGAUUUCCCCCAUUGAUUUUCAGUUACCAAUCGAAUUUGUACUAGUCUAUGAGUGUGAUUGAAGCAUAAACAGUUUUCAUACAGGA